AUGUAAAAGAAGCAACUUUAGAUUAUUGGAUUUAAGUAUGUAUAAUAUAAUAAGCAAGUUAGUCAUCCUAAAUGUCUUACUCAAAGUAGAUCUCCAAAAUACUAAGCAAAACCUAUUGAACCCUAAAUGAUUAAAUAAAUCACUUAAUUGAUUAAAAGCUCAAAAGAUAGACACACUGAAAGACAAUACAAACCUUUAGAGAAAUCAAAACCAAAUAAAAUUAAUCAACCUUAAACCACAUCAAGACCAACAGAUAGCAGAGAUAUUUCAAUUACCUUUCAUUAAUUGCUGUAAGAAUUUAGAAAUCACAAUAAACAGAAUAAAGAAAAUUCAUUUAAUAAUAUAAACAAGCCAUCUUAAAAAGUUAGAUAAAUUAGUUUUCCUAAUACAGUUCUACUUAGCAAUACAAAUAGUAGAACACGUAUCAAAGAUAGUAUGUAUUUGAAUUAAGGAGAUUGUAAUGACAAAUUAACUUAGAAAAUACUUUCUAUAGCUUAAACAUCAUAAAUUUAAAAUAAUUAUAAAUUAGAAUAUGGAGUAUUCGAAGAUAUAUGUCGUUGUUCUUAAGAAUAUAAAAACUUAUUAAAUGAAGUGAAAGAUUAAUUAAAAGAUAAUCAUACUCAUUUCAGAAAAAGCUCUUAAAGAUGUGUAUCUGCAGAUAUAUAAUUACUAUCUAAAAAUUCAAUUUCUAAAUCAAGAUCCUCUUCAAUAGAUUAAAAAGAAUCUAAAUUUUUAGGUUCUACUUAAGCAAAUUCAAAUCCUAAAGAAUUUGAUUUAACUUGUGAUGAAAAUGAAAUAGUUAUUAAUAAUAUAAAUUUAGAGGAAAGAAUCAAAACAGAACCUGAUCCUUUAAUUCAAUAAGAAAGAGAGUAUCUAACAGAUCCAUACUAUUUAACUGAAUAGAAUGAAAUUAAUUAACUUAUGAGAGCUAUUCUUCUCGAUUGGAUGAUGGAAGUAGCGAUGGAAUUUAGAUUAAAAAGAUAGACUUUCCAUCUAUCAAUAUUUUACUUAGAUUAAUUUCUAUCCAAAAAAUUAGCUAAUAAAUAAAAUUUAUAAUUAAUUGGUUUAACCAGUCUAUUAAUAGCAAAUAAAGUAGAAGAAGUCAUCCCUAUAGGAAUAAAAUAAUUUGAAAAAGCUGCCAAUUAUGGCUACACAAAAGAUGAAAUAUUAAAUAUGGAAUUGAACAUUCUGUUUGUAAUCAUUUUUAUUUAUUUAUUUCAGACUUUGAAAUGGCAUGUAAAUCCUCCUUCUUAUACUUAUUGGAUCAACUGGUUUACAGAUUAAUGGGAUAUUUACGCUGAAAAUUAUGGUUUAAAUAUAUAAUUUAGAAAACCAAAUGAAGAAUCUUAUUAAUGUAAUUCUAUUUUAAUUAAAAGUAUUUAGAAAGCUAUGUUAAUUGGUAGAUUGUACAUUAAUGGAUAUAUAAACUUUGUAGUAUAUGCCAAGAACUAUUGUUGCAUCAUUCAUGUACUUGAUCAUUUCUUUUUAACUAAAUGUUUAUGAUCUAGAUAUGCUUGAAAUAAUGUCUUAAACAUCGAUGUUUCUAUUAAAUAGUAUUACUAUUCAAUUAUCAUUUAGAGGAAAAUUAAUUUAACAUUAUUUUCGGACAAUUCGUAUAGACUACUUUUGGAUUUGCCUUACAAGAUAUCUUACCUGCCAUUUAAUAUGCUGUUGGUUUCUAUGAACUCAAAAUUAAUUAUGAAACUCCACCUGGAGUUGUACAUCUAUCGAAUACAGCACUAGAAGUAAUUAUAUAUCAUAUUCAUAGUCAAACUAUGAAGAAUUUCUUUCAUUUCAAUGCUAUUCUAAAACAUUACUUGAAUUUAUUAGAAACAAGUCAAGAGAUUGA